AUGUCCAGAAUAAUAACAUCGUAUUAUUGUUCAUGCUCGACAUGUACACAAAUACGAAACGAACAACCGAAAUCUCGCCGAUAUCUUAAUUCACUUCGUUCGUUCUUCAACCGAUUCUGUUGUCUAUCAUCACAAUAUCAACAACAAACGUUCAACGAAAUCAAACCGUCGACAAUUACUUUUCGAGACAUGGAUAUCACCAACAAACAUUGCUCGAAACAUGAUGUGAUGAUCAAAGCAAGCCGACCUAAUUUCUCUCGACAUCGAAAUGAAUUAGUACGACAACGUGUUAAACAAGCAAAUCAGCGCUGGAGACGCAUGUCUGUUCUACCAGCUAAUCUAACUGAUUUCAUUCUGAAAAACAUAGAUCUCAUUCCGUUUUGUACUGACUGCUAUGAAAACUUUUCUCCAUUAGUGUUCGAUCUUUGUCGUGCAUGUAUAACAACAUCUCUCGAUUAUCAACAACGAUUCGCGAACAAUGAUGAGAAUCAGACUAUGUCGAGAAUGUCAUCGAUGGAAGACUAUUUAUCUGAAGAGAAAUCGUCCUUUUCGACGAGUCAUGUUUAA